CCAAGCCCACCAUGCAGAUCACUUCAAGUCUGGUGUCAUUUGUAUCAGUGCUGUGGAUGACUGUGUUCAGCCCUGCAGGAUGUAAAGCAAACCCAGUCAGCUGCAGGCUGUGGACUGAGCCUCGGCUACCUGGUCUUUCUAUGAAUGGAGAUUUUAUAAUUGGAGGAAUUUUCACCAUUCAUUACUACACAAAUUCAGAGCAGAACACCUACACCAGGCUGCCACCACAGCCACAGUGCUCUGGGAGCAUGGACUUCAGACAGUUGCGCUUCGCCCGUGGCAUGGAAUUCACCAUCCAUGAAAUCAACAACAGAACAGAUAUUUUGCCGGGCAUCACCUUAGGCUACGAGAUACACGACUCAUGCUCUGACGUGCAGAUGGCAAUCAAAGUUGGAUUUCAAUUCGCAAACGGUUUAGAUUCUAUUUUUAAUGAAGUUAAUUCCUGUUCAGUAUCUUCUGCUGCACAUGUAACUGCUAUUUUAGGAGAUUCGCCUUCCACCCCUACUAUUGGCAUGGCGGGAACGCUCGGUUUGUUCGGAAUUCCACAGGUUAGUCACCUCGCAAGCUGCGCGUGUCUGAGCGAUAAGCGUCAGUUUCCAACGUUCUUUAGGACGGUACCGAGUGACCACCACCAAGCGGCCGCACUUGCAAAAAUGGUCAAACUCUUUGGCUGGACAUGGAUUGGAGCAGUGCGCAGCGACUCCGACUACGGAAACUAUGGAAUGGCAGCGUUCCUAAAGGCUGCGCAGGAGGAGGGGAUCUGUGUGGAGUACUCCGAGGCCUACUACAGGACACAACCGCGCAGUAAACUGGAGAGAGUGGCUGAUGUCAUCCGCAGAUCAACGUCCCGGGUAAUAGUAGCUUUUGUUAACAUAGCCGAAAUGAGGUUUCUUUUGGAGGAAUUGGCACGACAACCAUUACCUCCCCUCCAGUGGAUAGGCAGCGAGGCGUGGAUCACACAUCCAGAAUUUCUGCGGUUUAACACGUGUGCUGGCGCAAUAGGUUUUGGGAUCCCCAGAUCAGUUAUUCCGGGUCUUCGUGAGUUUCUUCUAGAUCUCUCUCCGGAACAAGCCUUGAAAUCGCCCCUAUUAACGGAAUUUUGGGAGAGCGCGUUCAGCUGUAGUCUAAAAGGGCGGAUGGGCGUGCACAAUUGUGACGACAAUGAGGACAUCCGUACGCUACAGAACCCAUACACAGACACGUCUCAGUUGCGCGUCACUAAUUUGGUCUACGAAGCAACAUAUGCCAUAGCGCAUGCUAUCCACGCUGUUAUUUGUAAUAACACGCAAUGUAACAAGACCAUUAAAUUCACACCAUGGCAGAUAUACGACCAACUUAAGAGAGUGAAAUUCAUCACAAAAAAUGGUUAUCAAGUCAACUUUGAUUCCAAUGGUGAUCCGUCAGCUCUCUAUGAACUCAUAAACUGGCAGUUUAAGGAAGAUGGUGCUUUAGAUUUUGUGACAGUGGGCUACUAUGACUCGUCCAAACCAAGAGGACAGGUGUUCAGAAUGAGCAGCGCUAUCAGCUGGGUGGGAGGACAGACAGAGGUUCCAGUGUCUGUGUGCAGUGAGAGCUGUCCUCCAGGCACCAGGAAGGCUGUGCAGAAGGGAAGGCCUGUCUGCUGCUAUGACUGUAUACCAUGUGCAGAGGGAGAGAUCAGUAACAAGACAGACUCAUUGGAUUGCAUGCGCUGCCCUCCUGAGUUCUGGCCCAAUACCAAACAAGACAACUGCCUCCCCAAGCCUGUUGAGUUCCUGUCCUGGGAUGACACUUUAGGCAUCAUUCUGACUGUCUUUUCUAUCACAGGGACCUUCGUGUCUGUGUGUGUUGCUGUUGUCUUCUACAAAUACAGGACAUCUCCCAUCGUCCGAGCUAACAACUCAGAGCUGAGCUUCCUGCUUCUCUUCUCUCUGACUCUGUGUUUCCUCUGUUCACUUACUUUCAUUGGUCGGCCCUCUGAGUGGUCCUGUAUGCUGCGUCACACAGCGUUUGGGAUCACCUUCGUCCUCUGCAUCUCCUGUGUUCUGGGGAAAACAAUAGUGGUGUUAAUGGCCUUCAGGGCUACACUUCCAGGCAGUAAUGUCAUGAAAUGGUUUGGGCCUCCACAGCAGAGACUCAGUGUUCUUAUUUUCACUCUCAUACAGGUCUUAAUUUGUGUGCUUUGGUUAAAAUUAUCCCCCCCGUUUCCUUUCAAAAAUCUAAAACUCUACAAGCAAAAGAUAAUUCUUGAAUGUGACUUAGGUUCUGCUAUAGGUUUCUGGGCUGUAUUGGGUUAUAUUGGAUUCCUGGCUCUCUUGUGUUUUGUUUUGGCUUUUCUAGCACGGAAGUUGCCUGAUAACUUUAAUGAAGCCAAAUUCAUUACAUUCAGCAUGCUCAUAUUCUGUGCAGUUUGGAUCACCUUUAUUCCAGCUUAUGUCAGCUCACCUGGAAAAUUAACUGUAGCUGUAGAGAUAUUUGCUAUUCUAGCCUCAAGCUUUGCUUUGAUUAUUUGUAUUUUUGCUCCCAAGUGUUUCAUAAUUGUGUUUAGGCCAGACCAGAAUACCAAGAAAUACAUUCUGAGUAAAGUUCCCUCUAAAGCUCUUUGAGAUGGAACAGAAAGACAAUAAAAAGGUUCAUAACCUUAUAUAAACUUUACAUGUUAUGAUUAGGCUUAUUUGUUAGGUUUGGGUUUAUUUAUUAGCAUUAGGUUUAUUUAUUAGGUUUGGGUUUAUUUAUUAGCAUUAGUUUUAUUUAUUAGGUUUAGGUUUGUUUAUUAGCCUCACCAACAAACCUUUAAACUGUAAUACCUUUCAUAUCUAAGAAAUAAGUUCUUGGCAACAUAAUCAACUUUCACAUGAAGCACAUUAGCAACAAUACUUAAGUAGUUUUACAUGUUUCUAAUACUCAAAAUAUUUGAGUAUUAUCGUUUUAUAUUAUACAUUCCUAUGUCUAUUCAUUUUAUGAUUUGAAUCUCUUUUUUUAUUAUUAUAUAGUAUUCAAUAUCUGAAUGUGUGUAAAGUGUAUGUGUAUAUGAUAAUUUAACGAGAUGUUUUCUAUAAUAUUCCUGAAUAUGAUUUUUUCUGAUAAUGAAUUAUUAUUUUAUUGUUUAUUAAAU